GAAUUGGCUGAUGACGUUGCUCUCCUAGCUAAACGGCGCACUAAAAUGCAAAGCAAGCUCGAUGAUCUUGCCAAUCGCUCCUCAGCGGCAGGUCUUACCAUCAACGUCAACAAGACCAAAUCGUUGGAUGUAAACACGGUCAACCCUUCCAGCUUUACGGUAGCUGGGCAAUCAGAGGAGAAUGUUGAAAGCUUCCAAUAUCUUGGUAGCCAAACGGCGGCCGAUGGCGGCACCAAGAUCGACAUAGGUGCACGGAUCGAGAAGACGAGGGCUGCUUUUGCGAGUUUAAGAAAUGUAUGGAAAAACAACCAGAUUAGUCAACGCACCAAAAUCCGAAUUUUCAACUCGAACGUGAAAUCUGUGCUGCUAUACGCCAGUGAAACCUGGUGUGUAUCAGUGGAGAACACUCAACGGCUGCAGGUCUUCAUCAAUAGAUGCCUGCGGUAUAUAAUUCGUGCAUAGUGGCCUCACAAUUGGAUCUCCAACGUAGAGCUCCAUCGUCGAUGUCAU